AAAGCAGGUAUUGAAAACGUUUAGUAGGCCAUCCACUUGUUCUGAAAGACGUAGUUCUGUAUGGUAUAUAUUAGGCUCCAAAAAAGUGUUACAUAACAACAAAUAAAAACACUCCAAACGACAUUUGCAUGGCAUUCUCGCUAAUACCGAACAAUGUCAGAGUCUCCUUGAGAAAGAAUCCCUAUUUACACUUCAAGAGACUGGGUCUUUCAAGAGCGCAGAGCAAGAAGUAAGCUCACUCUGACCAAUACGCUUCCCUUGUGUACUCAAAGAUAUCAUAUUUCUACAUCCAAACAAUGCUGAAGACGUAUUGUGAUCAGAUUAUUCAAAGGGACUGGUCUUACGUAAAAACCGGGAUAGAUAUUAUUUCAAAUUCCAAGGCCUGCUAACGAACCAAGCUGCACAUGUGCCUACCAUAGGUUCAUACCUACCUACAUACCCGUCAUGAAGAUGUGGUCAGACACCGAAAAUCCUCGAGGAAUGGUAAAAUCAUUCUGGGCAUCGAUAUUGGAACCUCAUCCGUAAAGAUUGCGUUGGUGGAUGCUCAGAGGGGCAAUCUUCUACAAUCCGGCUACAAGGCCACCAAAAAUUGCAUUGGGCGAGAGGAGCAAGUCCAUGUUCCUGGAGCUGAUCUUCAAGAUGCUCUCCAAAUUAUCCGGAUCGUUCGUUCUUGCUUAUCAGUGCUCGACAGUCAUUUCAUGAAGGCUGUCUCACAUGUCGCCAUUUGCGGUCAAAUGCACGGGGUUGUAAUGUGGAACUCGGCUGAUGUGCACACCGAGCAGCCCACUUUAUCCCCCCUAUUCACAUGGCAGGAUCAAAGAUGCUCCUCCGAGUUCAUCGAAGAUCUACCUCGUAGUCAAUCUCAUCUCCGGAUCGCUACAGGUUACGGUUGUGCCACUUUGUUCUGGCUUCUAAAGCAUCGUCCAGAAUAUCUGACCCAGUUUGACCGAUGUGGGACAGUGAUGGAUUUCGUGGCUUUGAAACUGAUUGGUGGUGAUCGAGCCCAAAUGUCGCCUCAAAAUGCCGCUUCUUGGGGCUUCUUUAACACCAUCGAAGAAGAGUGGAACCACGAGAUUCUUCAGAACUCUGGAUUUCCCAUUGACAUGUUACCCAAAAUUGUCAAAGUUGGGUCGGACAUUGGUACUUUGACGUCAAGUUGGGGCGUCAUUCCAGUUGGGGUCAAAGUAAAGGCACCAAUGGGAGAUCUACAGUGCUCUGUCCGGGCUACUUUCGAGAACCCAAAGACAGAUGCCGUGGUCAAUGUGUCGACUUCGGCUCAAAUAUCGUUCGUCAUGGAUUUGGGUUUCACUCCUCCGAAAGUGUUCGAUCCGGAUGCCACCAUCGAGUACUUGCCUUACGAAAGUGGUUCUUAUCUUGCAACAGCGGCUUCCCUCAAUGGAGGAAACGUUUUGGAUUCAUUUGUUCGUACUUUGCAACAGUGGUCAGCGUUUUUGCUCAAGCAAGAUGAGCCAAAAGGUGGCAUUCCCAACAACCCAGCAGGAGUCAUUCCGAAACGAGGAGGUUUCAACCAAGACCAGAUUUGGACGAAGCUGAAACUGGCCGCCGUUGAACAGUCUUCCACCGAGCUUCACAUGGAUCCGUGUAUUUUUGGUGAACGCCAUGAUGCCGAUCGACGAGGAUCCAUCUCCAAUAUUGGGCCGGAGAACUGCUAUCACUUGGGAUCGGUGGUGUUGGCCAUGUAUCAAGGGAUUGCGAGGAAUUUGUCCUCCAUGUGUCCGAAGGACAAACUUAUUGAAAACGGACUGACACGAAUCGUGGGAUCGGGUUCGUGCUUGAUUCGAAAUCCAGGACUGAUCAAGGCCAUGGAGGAAACCUUUGGGUUGGCCGUGGUUGAGGCAUCAUCGAAGGAGGAUCUGACUAACCUGGAACUCACUAAUAUGGCCGUCGACUUCAAUUCCAAAGGAAAUGCUUGCGUUGGAGCAGCCUUGUUUACCAUGGAUUACUUGAAACGUUAAUAUUUGGGAUCCAAUUGAAAUAACUAUUGCGUUUAACAUCAUAACUUUUAUUAUCAUUAGUAUCAUUGCUUUCAUGAUGAUUAUUUAUAUCACAAUCAACGAGUGGACAAUGAACAAUGGCACGUUUGGCUUGAUUUCCUUGAACCCAGACGUCCUCCGAGGCGCACAAUCAAUACAUUUCGCCAAGAAACUUGCUCAAUUAUCACAGAUUUGGGAUCUUCUGUUCACUGUCGAGCAUCAAGAUGCUCAUGUUGCAUCUGUGACCUUCACAGACCCUCCUCCGCCAAAGAAGGUAAAAACUAGGGAUAUAAA